CUCACACGGUGGCUUUGGGAGGAAUCCUCUCAAUCGAGUUCCAUUGAUUCUGGAAGCACACACAACGGGAACUGUGUCUCUACGUACUCCACUGGAAGCCUAAUGCCGUCUCGUCGCAUUCGCUUGCACCACCGCCAGAGGUUCAAGACAACUAGUAAUGCGUCAUCUUGCUUGUUGCCUGUCGCCGCCACUGGGUCUUCGUCACACGAUGGCUCGGCGAGCCGUCAUCAGCGCAGACCAGCCACCACCGCUGAUGCGGCGAUGGGUGGUCGCGCCGCCUCACGCACCACUGGCCGAGACCUCACUUCUCUCGCAGCGUGGUUGGUUGUGCUGAGCGGUGGUGUGCUGGCGUCGGCGCUCGUCACCGGACCAGCCAACGACAAGUCGGUGCGGUUCCUGGUGUUCGGCGACUGGGGUGGACUGCCUUUCUACCCGUACACGACGCGGAUCCAACGGAACCUGGCCAAGACCAUGGCGGUCGUGGCGGCUGCCAAGCGCAUCGACUUCGUCGUCUCACUCGGGGAUAACUUCUACUUCAGGGGCGUCCGCUCGGUCGAUGACCGGCGUUUCAAGAGGACAUUUGAGGACGUGUACUCUGCGCCAUCCCUUCAAGUGCCAUGGCUCAUACUGGCUGGAAACCACGACCACGACGGCAACGUGUCGGCGCAGAUCGAAUACAGCAAAAGGUCGAAGCGCUGGCACUUCCCCUCAUACUACUAUAAGAAGACCUAUCAGAUUCCUGGUGCUGCGAAUCAAACUAUGGACAUCCUCAUGCUGGACACGGUAUUACUGUGCGGAAACACGGAUCCUGAGGACGAGGAGUCUCAGCCAGUGAACAGGAACGAGGCACUCUACAACCGUCAGUUUCGAUGGAUUGACAAAAACCUCGCAGAAUCUAAAUCCCGUUACGUACUGGUGGCGGGUCACUAUCCCAUCUACUCUGCCUGCUCCCACGGGACUACCAAAUGCUUGGAGAGGGACCUGGACCCGCUGCUGCAGAAGUACCGCGUCAAUGCUUACUUGGCUGGACACGACCAUGAUUUACAGCACAUUCGCCCUGAGCGGCUUGGUUGGAAGGUGGAGUACUUCAUCAGCGGCUGUACGAACUUCAUCAACCCAUCGCUCAUCCAUCGCCGAUCUCUCCCCCGGAACUCUCUGAAGUUUGCCUGGGCCUCAGUGUUCAGCUACGGUGGCUUCGCGUACAUGGAGGUUGCCGAAGACUCCAUGGUGGUCACCUUCUACGACUCGGGCGGCAAAAUUCUCCACGAGAAUGUACUCAAACCCCGACCACCCUCCACCUGACAUGAAGAACUAUAUGUGACUCCUUCGCUUUGAUCUGUUGUACUUCACAGUAUGAUGAAUUUUCAUCAAUUAAAAUAACAAAACUUA